AUGAGUUUUCAAGCAAACCAAGACUUGGGGGUCGGGAAUCCGUACGCAAAAGUUGACCCCGCUGUCGUUGCUAAGCUUCCGGAUGGCGCCAAAGUCAUAUCAACUGAGAAUCAUGGCUUUAGCUUUCGGGCCACAACAGGGCGCAUUGAUGUUGAGUUGGUAGACGGGUCGGUUCGCAGAUUCUUCAUGAAAGUUCUGCUAGAGGAAAAUGGCAGAGCGAUGGCUCAAGGCGAAUUUGAGUCUAUGACUGCAAUCUAUAAUCUCAUUCCUGAUUCUGUUCCCAAGCCGAUCGGCUGGGGUACAUAUGAGACAAUACCCGACACACAUUUUUUCCUAUGUGAAUUCAAGGAUAUUGACCAAGAGCUGCCAGACGUGGGAAAGUUUACCGAAUGUCUUGGAGCCCUACACAAUAAUAGCAUAUCACCGACUGGGAAGUUUGGAUUCCACGUCACUACCUAUAGCGGCAACCUGUCACAGCACACUGAGUGGUCAGACAGCUGGGAGACCUGCUUUGCUAGAUCAAUGCGACAUGCACUGACGCAUGAGAUUUCAGCUCGGGGUCCCAGCGAAGACAUCGAAAUUUUGAGUCCUGUCAUAUUUGACAAGGUUAUCCCACGUUUGCUGCGACCCCUCGAAAGUGAAGGUCGAUCUGUCAAGCCCUGUCUAGUGCAUGGCGAUUUAUGGUAUGGAAAUACCGGGAAGAAUGCCACCACAGGAAAUCCCAUUAUGUUUGACGCCUGCUCUUUCUACGCUCAUAAUGAAUAUGAACUUGGACAAUGGGCACCAGUUUGCAACCGGUUUGCUUCCGAGUAUGUUCAAGCGUAUCAUUUACACUUCCCCAUAUCAUCCCCGGUGGAGGACUACCAAGGUCGCAUCGAUCUCUAUAAACUGCGAUUUAACACGCAUGUCUCGGCGCUCUUCCCCCAGGGUCGACAUCUUCGAGGACAGUAA